AUGGGCUUACCACCACCGACGUCGGCCGGCAAGGAUGACGCAUCCAAGUCACUACUGAACCCACCGACCCUGCGCGAGGUCAUCAUCGACCGUUUGCGCUUGCAGCGCGGUGUUCACGUCAAGCGCCUCCUUGAUCCUAUGUCAGGGGCGGCAGUGCUCCCCUGCGAGAGUGCAGCAACGCUGCUAGCUGCACAGAUUGUGGGACUCGAGGCUGAAUGUAGCGCUCCGCCGGCUGCGCACAGUAAGCAGGAGGAUGAAGUCACGCAGCGACUAGCCCCUCGAUCGCUGUUGGAGGCGCCGCAACAGUUGUCUUCUGCGUCCACCAGGCCCAGAGCCAGUGGGCCACGAGAAGAGACUGCAUCCGACCUCUUCAACCAUCUUGUCGGCCUUCGCGCGCAUUACCAUGCUGAUAACUACUACUACGAUGGCGCUGAUGCCUCUGGCUGGGCAGAGAAGCGUACGCUUAUCUCGAUGAGCGAGCUUCCCAGCGAGUCAGAACUACGGCUAACCUUCCCGGCGAGUUUAGGCUCCAGUCAGACGCCGUUGUACUCCUCUACGCGACUGUCGACUGCUUCAUCCGGUGCUGCUUCGUCUUUGGUGUUGUCUUCGACAGAGAACAGCAGCUCUCUCCCCAUACCGUUCCUCCAGGAGGAUGCCCUACGCGCUGUGAUACCAGGGCCAUCUGAUAGUGUAGGGUUCACGGGCAAUUCAGCAAGAAUGGAACCUCACACAAGCACGGAAACGAGUGUUGAUGUCCAAGAGCAAUAUGGAAGCCGAGCCGGGAAGGUUCCUAGUGACCAGAGCGGCUCUUCAACUUUUCUCCCCCUCCUCAAUGUGGAGGCAGAGACGGCGCCGCUGUCGCCUGUGGAGGAAAAACUCGAGGGGAUGCGCGACUCCUUGUGCGACAUGAACGAUGUGUUUAUCUACGAGGACGAGGAGACGGUCAUGGGUGUUGAUUUCGCAGGCAACGGGGGCACUGGCGAUGGAAGCAGCGGCAGUCAGCGGCGAGAGCGACGCAGUUCUCUGGUGUGGAGCACACCGGUCGCCCGCGGUUCCGGCGCGGUUAGAAUGCCCGGUGACAAAGGUUUCGGCGCAACGCCUUUAAUGUACCGGACGAGCACACGGCUUUCCCGCUCACCUUCGACACCACCGGUAGCUGUGUCUAGCGAAGCAGCGACGACCACGAGGAACGAGCGACCCACGCAGCGGUUGGUUUUUGCGGUUUCCCUUUCCUCCACCGCAGCGCAUUCUCAGUCGCUAGACCGCAGCACGUCUCUUGAGGUUGACAAGGUGACUGCACUUGGAAGCGGUGAUGACGGGGACGUGACGAGCGCCGGCGAGGUGACAGGCGAUAUGGGGCCGCACGAGUUAUCGAGGAAGAGUAGCGACAGCGAUGAUGACGAGGCAGUGGCGUUGGAUGCCCCCUCGGGCGAGGUGCACAACAGAGAUGUGGCAGAGCAAGGCACGAACGAGGCUACCGAUAAAUCGCUCAUGUCUGAUGUGAGUGUCUCCGCUGCGCCUCCAGCCUCUGUUCUCCCCUCGGUGAUGUCAAGCACUGAUAGCGGAAUCCCCUCCGCCCCACCCAGCAGCAGCAUGAACAGCAGCAGUCGUGCGCGAAGUGACUCCCCGUCGACGCUCUUUGACGAGGCAACACCGUCUGUGCGUCAAGACGGUGCAGUAAACUCAAGCAGAGAAGUGCAAGUGGCACUACCGGCUCUCCUACAGAGUGCGUUGUCACCCGAUCUGCCUUCGCUGGCAAGGCCUUUGCCGUCUCCUCACUCCCAUAGGCCGAGCUAUGCGGCUGCGCUAGUGCAGCUGGACGAGAAGACGACACCUAUCGCGCCUUGCUCCACACCGCUGGCAUCACGCAGCGGUACCUCGGAGCACGAACUCCGCAGCCACAUCCGCGGUCUGAACCCUCUCGCCACCCAGACCAGCAGUGAGCAUUCAAGCCAAGGAGCGUCGCUGGCUGCGGUGCAGCGAUCGCUCGAUCGAUGGAAUGACAAAAGUGCCGAUAGAGCAGCGGCGCUUUACGGCGAUGAUGGCAGCUCUACCGCGCGGAAGCGAUCGCGCACGCGGGAGGUGAUUGCACUGCAUUCUUGCGAUUCCCGUCCGUUGGCGGUGGCGAGGGUCGAGGGCGCGCAAGUUACUACGCUGUGCUCCUCCUCUAUUUCUUCAGACGGCAGCGACGACGCCAGCAUCGUCGACAGCUUCGUCUCAACGCCGUCAACUAUCGUCGCUACCCGACCCGCGCGCACACGUUCCCCAAUCAUCUUAUCGCCAGAGGAGCUGAGCCGCAUGGUUCUCAACGUGACCACCGCCGACGCGGCCCAGACAAGAUCAUCUUCUAUGGAGCCCCCCUUGCGACACACUGCAGAGCUCCAUCUCGAUGAUGCCUCCGAUGCUUCUGAGCACACGCCUGGCAAUUACGGCUAUGGCGGCUACAUUGCGUCGUACGCGCUGCCCAACAGCGACGCCUGCGAUGACCUUGAGCGCAACGACGGAUGGGGCUACAUCUCUCAGCACCCCUCCACUCGUCACUCUCACGACGGGAGCCCGACCCAGCACUCUGAAAACAUCGUGUUGCGCCACGCGUCGCAGUCAUCUUAUCGGCAAAAUGCCUCUCCAACUGCCGUUGCGGCGUCGACAGAAGAAGCGGUGACGAUGACGACUCCUGCGCACCACCUGAAGCACACACAGCACCGUCCCUCGUUGUCGCUCUCUACAUCAGACCAGGAGAUGUGGAUGCGAUUCAGCGACGAGGGCAGCGGUAGUGCAGCGAGUGACGCAGACUGCCACAUGCUGGUGACACAGCAGGAGAUUCCUCUCUACACCAGACACAGCAGUUCCUCUGCGGAGAGUGAUAUGUGCGGCAGCACAAGCAGCGGCGACGGUAGCGUAAGCGACGCCAUCCACACGUAA